GAAUGUUAUGUUUGUUAAGUGCCAAAUCUUUUUGGAAACUUUUGAUUACGUCGUUUUAUACAUUAUCGGAAUUUUAUGUUUAAUAUUUACACUUAAAACAUUUCUUCAAACUGUAAAUGACCAACUUUAAGCACACUUUUUUUUGUAUUGUGUAGUUUUUGCACUUUUAUCCGACAACUUUUUUUUGUUUACAUCUCACGUUUUAAAUUUUAACGGUAAAGUGCUGGUACAAAAGCAACAAAAUUUAGCAGUAUUUCGUUAAAUAUGAACAUGGAAACGUCAAAUUCGGCCACCGAUGUUAGUCAACAUUCUUCAACGAGUUUUAAAAUGAAAGAAAUCGUUGAAGUCAUCAGCGAAUACAUCAAAAACAGAUCGGAGUCCAAUGCACACCUCCUAAAUAAAUUUUUCCAGGCUUACAUUGCUACAAUCGACGUUAGUGUUUACAACCCAGACGAUGUCUAUUGCGCCCAAUUUUACGUUAGUGUAUACGAAUUAUUUAAAACUGUCGAUCCACAAUCUAACAUAGCCUGGAAUUGUGUAGAUAUACUUACAAACGCGUGCAGGAACAGCCACGCAAGAAUCAGGCUAGUAGAGUCCUAUCAAUUUGUUCCAGUUAUAUCCCGAAUGUUAACUACCGAACUGGAUAGUUCCAACAAGAAGAGAGUUCUCGUUCUUCUGCAGCAUCUAACUUGUGGAAUCAAGUUAUCGUAUGAAAUGUCUUAUCUGCCGUAUCUAUUCAAAAUUCUGUGCCAAUUCAUCGAAGAUGACGAUCAGAAUAUAGUAUGCCUGUCUUUGAGUAUAAUCUGCAACUUGUGUUUCAAAAAUAUUUCCGCAGUUUCGACGUUAACAAGAAUUACGGAUAUCAAGGAGUUGACGAAGUUUUGCAUGAGGCGGUUACAGGGUUCUUCUAUCCAAUUGCAACUGUGUAAAUUACUGAUCAUAAUUAAUCGUUUAUACGAUGACUCGAUUCCUAGGAAAACUUUGUUGAAUCUUGUCCAGCCCACGUGCGAAUCCAUUCUGGAGUCUCUGCGCAAAAAUGACACUAUAAACCUCAAAUCUACCAUUGAUUUUUUUAUAGACACACUUAAAGCAGAAAAUGUGGAAGUAUUCAAAGAGUAUACGGAGUAUGUUAAGAACAUACAUGCUUUGAUAGACCUAAUUAAUUCGAGAAAAAAGAUGGAUCCAAAUGUUACUCCGAUCCCCCCUUGGAAUUUAGACGCUAUUGCUUACAUUCUCAAAUUCAUUUACAUCAUUGAAUCUAAUAAAUUAGCCAACCUUUCGGUUUUGUACCAAGAAAUUUUGAACUUCAUCAUCGAAUGGAUUCCCCACGAAAGAGUUACCUAUCAAGCAAGCCUUUUAUUGAAACUUAUUAUUGUGAAUUUGGACCAAUUCAACAAUAGCAAAAGUAUUAAAAUUUUAAAUGAACUAUCGCCUCAUUUGGACUUUUUGCUCAAUUUGCUGCAAAGGGAAUCCAAUCCGGUCAACAUGGAGGGAUACAAGAGAUUGGGAGCUCUUCUGCAACUUAACAGGGUGAUAUGCAAAGCGAUGUCGAAGAAAGUGGAGCUCAAAUUAGAUGAACAACUGCUAACAAAUCUUUUCGCGCCGGUGCUAUCAGACGACAUGACCUAUGGGAAUCUGCCUCAAUUAAAUUUUAAAGAGGAAAAUACCACAACAACUGAUUACGUGAACGCGUACAUACAUGCAGUGGGAUUAGUUUUUGAAGUUUCACAAGAAGACACCAAAUGGCUGGGAAUGCUUCUUAAGCUAAUGGAGAGCAGGAACGUCCAUUCCCUUUUAGCAAUGGGCUUGGCCGGAGGAGAUUCAGAAGUAAAGCAAGUCGUUUUGGAGUUGUCCAAAUCCCCAAUGUUUCCCACGGGAAAAGUCGCUCAUUCCAUGGAAAACAUGGACCAAUUAUUUUAUAAGAAACACUACAUGAACCACCCGCCUGCUACUACACCAGCCUAUCAUGCUUAUCCUCUAAUGAGUUACAAUCAAAUGGAAAACCUCGACGUUUUGCUCAAGGAAGUCCAGACGUUGAUUCGCGAACACAACAUAUCUAAUAUAUCAGUCAGUCAAGUAAUGGAAUUGUAUGAAAGCAAGCUGGCAGCUUUGACCCAAUCGGAAUUCGCCGCUUCGAACGUAUCCAAAGCAGCGUCGGAAAAAUGCAUCACUUUGCAGCAUCGUUUGUCCCAAUUAUCGUCCGUGCACAAUAAAUUUUGUCAAACAAUCCGCCAGUACGAGAUCAACCUGCAAACGAGCAAAAACGACGUUAAUAAGUUGGGGAUUUAUCUGAAAGAGGAACAGGAGAAAUCCGACAAAGAAUUAAAGUUGAAGGAGAAGAUGCUUCAUGACCUAUCGAAGAAAUUAGGCGAAGUUAAUUCUAAGCUGGAACAAAGUGAGCAGUUAUUGGAAACUAAAGAACAGCAACUAAAGACCGCGAAUUCUGAUAUCAACAAUUUGAAUAAUCAAAUUAAACGACUGAAGCAGAUGCUAGAACAAAAAGAAUCUAAAUUAGUGGAAGUUACAGGAGUGUUGGAAACAAUAACGAGAAUGGCGGCUUCUCAAAGUGUUCUGAAUGGCAUAAGUUCAUAAAAUUUGAAUAGCAAUAUUGUAAUUUUUAUAAGGUAAUUGAAAUAUAUUUGUAUAUAAUGUG